AUGCAGGAGGACUUCAAUUAUGAUGCCUUUACCAUUCCGUCCCCUCAGCGGACUCGCUGGUAUACCCGCCUGUGGUCUGCAUGCCGGGGUUGUGGGUGCUUGUGUCGAAAAAAGCAGCGAUUUCCCUUGUACCUUAUUGGGUAUGAUCCCGUGGGACGGUUCCAAAGGGCGGCCAGUGUGGGUGAUGUCGCUUUAGUGGAGAGAUUAAUCAAUGCCAGUGAACACCAUGUUAACGAAUGCGACAGGAGGGGCAGGAGUCCACUUCACUACGCUUCUGCCCAUAAUCAUCCAAAUGUAGUAAGAUUGCUAUCAUCCAACGACUGUACCGAUAUUAAUAUGAAGAAUGAUGAAGGCUGCACACCCUUAAUUAAGGCCGCCCAGCGGGACAGUAUAGAAUGCAUCUCUAUUCUACUCAUACACGGUGCUGAUCCCAACAUUGUAGAUGACAGUGGCGAUGCUGCCCUCCACCACGCCAUUUGCAGAGGGAACAUACCAGUUGUCAGCAAACUGCUGGAGUAUAAUGUAGAUAUUAAAGCCAAAACAGAGCAUGGGUUGACACCCUAUAAACUCGCUUUGUUUCAAAAUCAACUUGAAAUGGUGCAGUUUUUAAUUGAGAACGGUGCAGAUGCACAUUCUGAGCUUACACCAUAUAGUGGAGGAGCAGCUGCAGUAGAAUCAGAACAAUCAACAAAAAAGUGUGCCAACUUCCACAAAGGUUAUACCCUGAUACAAAAGACAGAAGCCAUACAUCUAUUCCUAGUGGUAGCAAUUUGCACCAUAAAAUGA